AUGCGCUUCUCACUCCUUGCCAUCGCAGCCGCGGUCUGCGUCUCUUCAACCGCGGCAGAAGUAUUUCUACAAAUUGGACAGGCGUGCGCCUCAAUCGGAGAUCCUUCUUGGGAGUCUAAUUGCAAUGCUGCCGACUCAGACAGGUGCGCAAGCUUAUGCGAUGGCAGGUGCCAAAGUGGUGACAGUGGACGAUGGAUGGCUACUCCGAAGGGCGACUGCGACUGUUACUGCAACUAG